UGAAUGAAAGGAAGAGACGAAAUGGUGAAUACUAUAUGAUGAGAAAAAAGAAUGAUUUUUGGGAUGACAUAGCUAAUAAAAUAAACAUCCGAUUUGGUACAAACUACAAUGGCAAACAAUGUAGUGAGCAAUUUCGGCAGUUAGUGCGCGACUUCAAU